UACAGUGCUAGCUGCGGUCCCUGCACCGCGCGCAGUCGCGCGAUGGGCAAGUGGAGCAUCGGGCGAAAGCCGGGCCGCGCGCUCGGACUCCUGCUGCUGGUGAUCUUGAGUUUCCUGGUGCUCUGCAGGUUGGAUUGGUAUAAUCUGCUCCCUGCAUGGCUUAAACAACGGCAGUCAGGGCUGCAGGCCAACGGCCAAUACUUCAUGCUGGAGGACUCCACUUUCUGGAUCUUCGGGGGCUCCAUGCACUAUUUCCGUGUGCCUAAGGAAUACUGGAGGGACCGUUUGCUGAAGAUGAAAGCCUGUGGCUUGAAUACCCUCACCACCUAUGUUCCAUGGAACCUCCAUGAGCCAGAAAGAGGCAAAUUUGACUUCUCUGGGAACCUGGACCUGGAGGCCUUUGUGCUGAUGGCUGCGGAGAUCGGGUUGUGGGUGAUUCUGCGUCCAGGCCCCUACAUCUGCAGUGAGAUUGACCUUGGGGGCUUGCCCAGCUGGUUACUCCAAGACUCUGGCAUGAGGCUGAGAACAACUUACAAGGGCUUCACCGAAGCAGUGGACCUUUAUUUUGAUCACCUGAUGUCCAGGGUGGUGCCACUCCAGUACAAGCACGGAGGCCCCAUCAUUGCUGUGCAGGUGGAGAAUGAAUAUGGUUCCUAUAACAGAGACCCUGCCUAUAUGCCUUACAUCAAGAAAGCCUUGGAGGACCGAGGUAUUGUGGAAUUGCUUUUGACUUCAGACAACAAGGAUGGCCUGCAAAAGGGAGUCAUGGAUGGAGUGCUGGCCACCAUCAACCUGCAGUCACAACAUGAGCUGCAGUUAUUAACCAACUUUCUCUUAAGUGUGCAGAGGGUUCAGCCCAAGAUGGUGAUGGAGUACUGGACAGGGUGGUUUGACUCGUGGGGAGGCCCACACAACAUCCUGGAUUCUUCUGAAGUUCUAAAAACAGUGUCUGCCAUCCUCGAUGCUGGCUCCUCCAUCAACCUCUACAUGUUCCAUGGAGGUACCAACUUUGGCUUCAUAAAUGGAGCCAUGCAUUUUCAUGAAUAUAAAUCUGAUGUCACCAGCUACGACUAUGAUGCUGUGCUGACAGAGGCUGGGGAUUACACAGCCAAGUACUUCAAGCUCCGAGGUUUCUUUGGCUCUAUCUCAGGUGUCCCUCUUCCUCCCCAACCUGACCUCCUUCCCAAGACUGCGUAUAAGCCCUUGAGACCGAAUUUAUACCUGUCACUGUGGGACGCCCUGCAGUACAUGGAGGAGCCAGUCAAUUCUGAAAAACCAGUCAAUAUGGAGAACCUGCCAAUAAACAAUGGAAAUGGACAGUCCUUUGGGUACACUCUGUACGAGACUACCAUUGCUUCAUCGGGCAUCCUCAGUGGUCUUGUGCGUGACCGGGGACAGGUAUUUGUGAACACAGUGUCUGUAGGAUUCUUGGACUAUGAAAGGAAGAAGAUUGUUAUUCCCUUGAUCCAGGGUUACACCAGGCUGAGGAUCUUGGUGGAGAAUCGCGGGCGAGUCAACUACGGGGAUAACAUUGAUGACCAGCGCAAAGGUUUAAUUGGAAAUAUCUAUCUGAAUGAUUCUCCCCUGAAAAAAUUCAGAAUCUACAGCCUGGAUAUGAAAAAGAGCUUCUUUCAGAGGUUCAGCAUCGACAAAUGGAGCCCUAUCCCUGAAGUACCUACGUUCCCUGCUUUCUUUUUGGGUGCCUUGUCUAUUUCCCUUCCCCCUUUUGACACCUUCAUGAAGCUGGAGGGCUGGGAGAAGGGGGUUGUAUUCAUCAAUGGCCAAAACCUUGGACGCUACUGGAACAUUGGACCCCAGGAGACCCUAUACCUCCCAGGUGCCUGGUUGGACCAAGGCAUCAACCAGGUGGGAGCAUUUGCAGCUUCUUCCCUUGACCCAGCCCUCCCUGGUAUCACAAUGUUUUCCUGGGAGCGGGGUUCAGGUAACAGUCUAUUUAGGCUCAUUACGGUAGGAGAUGGGUCAGAAGGUUUAGCCAGCCCCUUCUGCAUUCCUCCUUGGUGAUGAUGAAUUGUGGGUCCCUGUUCCUUCCAGUGUGGCUCUCAAUCCCUUCCCCUAAGGCACCCUCAUCUGGCUCCAAGACAAACCUUUACUGCUGUCAUACACCAGCCCUUCUUUCCCCCAGGUUAUUGUUUUCGAGGAGAAGAUGGCAGGCCCUGUGAUACAGUUCACUGAAACACCCCACCUAGGCAGGAGCCAGUAUCUUGAUUGAGCAGCACCACCCCGCGCCCCCUGGUGGCGAGAAGCAGGAGAGCACCACAGUCCCCCGUCAGCUGACCGGAGCCUGGUGCUCUGCUCCUUCACACCCUCCCAUGCAGGAGAGUUUCCUUAAGUAGCAUCCUCAGGCAGCCAUGUGGCUACAGCAAGGCCCACUCGUUCAGUUCAAGACCCUAAACUUGGAAGAACUGAAGAAGAAAAGUGGGAUAGGAGGGUGGGACCCCCUCCUUACCUAAGUGGCUUUAAAAAAUUUUUUUAUUGUUAUGUUAAUCACCAUACAUUACAUCAUUAGUUUUUGAUGUCCUAAGUGGCUUCUUGACUGGGCUUUGUUGCUGGCACCUUUCCUACUUCCCUUUAACUUCUGGGAGAAGACAGAGGGAUGUCCCUCUAGGGUAGGAAUGUCUAAUCAGAUGUCCACGUGAUGAUGCCUGGGGCCCUCAGUUGGGCAUAACUUCUAGACACAGGUUUGCUCCUAUGAUGUUCUCACCUGUGCUCAACCAUGCCCCUCCUGGCCCCUUUUCAUCUGAAAUAGGAGGUUUGUCACCAUUUGUAGAGGAUAGGGAAGCGGGUAGGUGUCUCACCUGAAUCAUCUUUUUUCUUCUCAACCCUCCCCAAGCCUUCUCUGGGAUUCUGGAAGAAACUAUGAGAGACACACACAUUUUCUCCUUCUCAUUUUCCACUCUAAUUGCAUCUGACAGGAUGACAAGCCAAGCUUAGGAGAAACAGAAAUACUCAGCCACUUACUUUCCUGAAUUAGAGAGUAUUUCCAGUUUUACUCAAUGAGAAGAAGCAUCAGCUGAGGAGGGAAUGCAGGCCCUAGUAAGAACCACACCCUGAUCUGAAGGCCCAGCUCUGGGGGCACGGGCAAGUAGUCUCCCUGGAAUGUUGGUGUAGCCACGGGGCCCACAGGCCUAGUCCAGAUCUUGCAUCCAGCUCAGUCUCUCUCCCUCAACUCCCUGUAACUAAGCAGCAGGGAGGAGAAGCAGCCUUCCUUUGCAAUUGUCUGUCCAAAUUUGAGGCGCUUGUUCUAGGGAUUGAAUCCACUGGGUUAGCUCUGGUUCACUGUCCUGAAUUGCAAUAAAGCAACAGAGUUGAAUCAAACCCUUUUUGGUGAUACUUUUCUUCUGAUUCAGAUCAGAAGAACCACCUGGUGGUAUUUCUCAGGGUCCAGGUCUGCUCUUUGGUACCUUGCUGGGGAGCUCAGAGCUAGUGGAUUCAGGAGAUGUGCUUCUGUUUAUCACAAGCAAAGGUAUUGUGGGGUCAGGUACCCACUUAGCCCAUCCAGCACUCAGAGUCUAGACAGACUUUACCCGGUUAGUAGGUGCUCCAGCCCCUGGCUCCUUACCACCUCCCUCCUGACCUUCAUUCUGCCUGAAAUGUCAUCGUGAAUCGGCAGUGCCCUUGGGGAGGAGAAGUCAUAUACAGAUCCAUUCUGGUGCUGGUGGGCAGGUGCUGAGGUUCUGCUGGACAGCCAAGAGCUCUCCAUGUGAGGUAGCGGGUGAGUUUUCCUCACACAUAACAUCUGGAUUGUACUGCCACAAACUAUUUUCAAUAGUAAUCAAAGUUAGAUAGCCAACACCUCCUCGGGACGGUACAGGAGCCCAUAAAGACCUUUGCGGAAUAGCAGGCCAUGAGGCUCCCAGCAGCCCCAUGGCUCCCAUCUUGGGCUUGCCUAAGGAAGGGGGCAUUUGUGGUGUGUAGCCAUUGGGCCCACGAGCCGAGCCUGGGUCAAGGACAGACAGUUAGUUACAAGGGGCUGGGCCCAAGGGUCCACAGGGGCAGAGAAAUGGAGCUUAUGAAAGUGAAUUUCAUGGACAAGGGGUGGGGAGCCAGAUACGGGUAAAGUCCUCAGUCUUGCUCAAACUCAUCUGCUGUUCCUGAAUUGCCUUGCAAUGGAAAGCACACAGCUAACACUCGGAUGAGACCAGGGCUUGGGCAUGGCCAGCACUGGAGAGUGUGUCAUUGCACCUUACUUUACACCUGAGCGGAAUUUUACAAAGGUGUAUGUAAAAGUUGGCUUCUGUUGGAAAAUGUGAUAGGGAACUGGAGUUUGAAAUGAAUCUUACGGUGAUCCUUUUGUAAAGUGAGGAAUCCCCUUGAAUUGCUUUUAUCCAAAUCUGUGCAGGGCUGCUUUGGUCCUCUUGCACCAACUCACUGUUCUUGACCUUCUUAUCUGCCAGCUGACCCUGCAGCUUCUCUCUGUCAAAGCCCCUUGGCAGAGCUCAUCUUCCAGAGUUUAUUCAUGGUUUGUCCAGACCUUCCUGCUGGAUGGCCUCAUCACAGAGUCUUUAGAAGACUCCUCAUAACCCUUAACCUCUAAAUGCUGAAGGUCUUCAGGCCUGCUCCUUGGGGCUUUUCUUCUGUCCACACUCACUGUUGGGGGGCCUCACUGACUUGGGGGGUUUGUAAAUAGCCUCAACAUUCAUGCUCUCUGAUGUUUUUCUCCAUCCAAGCUCCAGGCCCACUCACUGUCCACUCACCUUCUCUCCUGCGUGUGACACCACACUCUGAUGACUGCCCCCGCGAUCCCUCCUGCACUCCACCCCGCAGCAGGAAAUGGCAAUUCUAUUCUGUGUCUUAGAUUUGUUUUGGCUCCUCUCUUUCGUAUUGCAUAGCCACUCCAUCAGGUGAUUCUCCUGGCUGUACCUCAAAACACGUCCAGAACCUGACCGCUUCUCUCUGCCCCAAGGUUUGCUCUUCUGACUCACUGUCCUCUCCUGCCUGGAUCAUGGCAGGAGCGGCCUCACCUAGCCUAUCCUGCCCUCUGUUUAUCAUCAGCACAGGAAGGGGAGUGAUUUCUUUACAGGCCGGUUAGAUCGUGUUGGUCCUUUGCUCCAAACCCUCCAAUGGUUGCAAUUCCCUUUUCCCUUGGGGGAGAAGCCGAAAGCUUUGCCCUGGUUUCCAGGGCCAACGUAUUCUGCACCCUCCACCAACUGCGGUCCAUUCCCCCCUCCCACCCUACCCCUUCCCAUCUUGCCAGUCACUUGCAGGCACACUGGCCUUUUUGCUGCUCUUUAAACAUGCUAAGUACUCUCUGCAUGGGAGCAAGUUCUUUUCUGGAAAGCUCUGACCCAGGUAACUGCUGCACUGCUCUGUCCCCUUAUCAGGGAGGCUCUUCUGACGGCCCUAGAGUAGGGAUCAGCUCCUCCUCAGCUCCACUCUGACACCUCCAUCCAGCCUCAUACUUCUCCUUAGACCAGAUCACAUCUGAAAUACUGUAGAUUUGCCUAGU